AUGGGGAGAGCUUCAAGAGAUAAGAGGGAUAUCUAUUACCGGAAAGCAAAAGAGGAAGGUUGGCGUGCUCGAAGUGCUUUUAAGCUCCUUCAGAUAGAUGACGAAUUCAACAUUUUUCAAGGAGUGAAACGUGUUGUAGAUUUAUGUGCUGCCCCGGGUAGCUGGAGUCAGGUUUUGAGUCGUAAACUAUAUCUCCCAGCCAAGCUUGCGCCUGAUGCAAAGGGUGAAAAUCUUCCACUUAUUGUAGCUAUUGAUUUGCAACCAAUGGCUCCAAUUGAAGGUGUCAUUCAGGUGCAGGGUGAUAUAACUAAUGCUCGAACAGCUGAAGUGGUCAUUAGACAUUUCGAUGGUUGCAAGGCUGACCUGGUUGUGUGUGAUGGUGCUCCUGAUGUUACUGGGCUUCAUGACAUGGAUGAGUUUGUACAAUCCCAACUCAUACUUGCAGGGUUGACAAUUGUUACUCAUAUACUUAAGGAAGGAGGGAGGUUUAUUGCAAAAAUAUUCAGAGGAAAGGACACCAGCCUUCUAUAUUGUCAGCUAAAGUUAUUCUUCCCUGUAGUGACAUUUGCAAAACCAAAAAGCAGCCGUAAUUCCAGCAUAGUCUGUGAAAACUAUUCCCCUCCUGAAGGAUUCAAUCCAAAAGAUCUGCAUCACCUUCUUGAGAAGGUUGGAAGUCCCUCGGGGGUAGAUGACACAGAUUGUUGUAGUGGUUGGUUGGAAGGCCCUAAUAAGGUGUAUAUCCCAUUUCUAGCUUGUGGUGACCUGAGUGGGUAUGAUUCUGAUCGUUCAUAUCCACUACCUAAAGUUGCUGGGGGAACAUAUCAGAGCUUGGAUCCUGUGCAGCCCCCUAUUGCCCCACCUUACAAGAGAGCUCUGGAGUUAAAAAAGGCCUCCAGUCAAGGAUUCCGAGAACUUGAAAACCUCUCAUUGGACUCUUGA